GAAUUUUUGCUUUAUAUGCAACUGUGGUUGUAUAAAUUUGUUCUCUACCUUCCUUCUAUUAAUUUGACGCUUGACAAUUUCUUUAUAACAGUUGGUUUAGAAGGAUUUGUUUCUGUUGCCAUAAUUUUUAGAAAAAAGUCGUUCGACAAUGGAGAAUGAUGCCGGAGAGUGUGUUGACUUGUACUGUCCCAGAAAAUGUUCCGCUAGUAACAGAAUUAUCCACGCUAAAGAUCAUGCUUCUAUUCAACUGAGCAUUGCCGAUGUCGACCCUGUAACAGGAAGGAUGACUGAUACGUCGAAGAGCUACGCCCUGUGUGGAGCAGUUCGCCGAAUGGGUGAAUCAGACGAUUGUAUUGUCAGACUAACAAAAAAAGAUGGGAUCAUUGCUAAGAACUUCUGAGCAUCUAAGAACUGAGCAUCUAAGAAGGGACUAUCAACGCCGAUGUUCUAUGCAAUGUAACCAUCUUAUUUAAUUAAAUUUGAUUUUAAGUUGU